AUGGAAUACACUCCUUCUCCCAUAGAAUGUUUCAAAAAAGAUCUUAUAUAUUUAUACCAGCCUGAAGAGGGACAUAGCCAAACAGAUUUGGAACAAGCUCUACUAACAGCAAGCUCGUCACUUGAAAGAACAGACAGAGCAAGAGGAACCUUGUCGAUUCCAAGUAUACAUGAAGAACUAAUUGUACCAAGGACAACUUUAGAAGAGCAACCUAAACUCAGCGUCACCUCAUCACCCAAAGGCAGAGAUCGAGGGCCUUCUGAAGAACUCAUGAUGAUUGAUGCUUCUCCAAGAAAGAAAGCAAGAAGACAAUUAAUACCCGAUGAACCACGUCCCAGCGAUAAAACGCAGGAGGCUCCCAGGUACGGUAUACAUUUAUUAUUGAUAUCAAGAAUAAUAAGCCAACAAAGAAUUGUGGACCUUGUUACAAAAUUUAAUUUUGACGAAGGUUUUCCAACUAUUGAAGACUUAAGUGAAAAACCUCUUAAUAGAUUAAAUGUUGCUCGUUGCUUUAAUGAUUUGCUGGUAUUGUCUGCUACCAAGUAUCUAAGCUUAGUUCCUGAAGAUGAUUGCAUCGAGCUUAAAUACAUAGAGAAAGGUCCAAAAUUUAUAAAUUAA